UCAGUGUUGUGUGUGUUCUGGAGGUAAUUGCCAAACCGAUCUGGACCGCAUAUUUGCUGUUUUAGUCAUGGCGUAGGACAACAAACAAACAUGAUUACUGACUGACGACAAACAUGUGGUUUGAGAAUUCUGAAUUAAAAUUAUGAUGGAGCGUUAUUAGUUUAGCAAUGAAAUGGCUGGAGAUAAGAUUAUUGGAGUGUUGGCAGAUUGCUUUCUUGCACCAGUUGAGGCAGUUUCUGUUAAUAUUGCUGAAGUGAAAGAUAGGAAGGAAAUUUCUGAUCUACUCAGAAACCUUGAACAAAUGUGUCCACUGGAGAAAUUGAAGCACCUGAAAAGGGUUAAAUAUUCAAAAAGAAAUGAUGGAACUGAUAAAUUUGAAAUUAUCUUGUGUCCAACAGUAAAAGGAGAGAAUGUUCUUCAAGAUAUUUUAAGUAAAAAUAUAUGUCUUCACAAAGCUAGAAUUGCCAAUGUUCCUGCCAAAUUGCCAUUCACAAGACAUCAAUUCAGUGAAGCAUCCAAGCUUUGGCCAACAAAAUUCCAUGAAGAUAAAAGACUAAGUAAGUUAAUGGAGGGCACACUAUUCCAGAAAGAGGAAGUGGAUAGGAUAUAUAGUCACAUGGAACAAGCGUUAGAUGUUGCUAAAACCAGCCUGCAUCCAUCACAGGUUUGUAUUGGUGCCUGUAUUGUAGAUCCAAAGUCAAAUGAAGUGGUUGCUUCGGCUUCUGAUCAUCGGCAUGGCCAUCCCUUACAUCAUGCGGUCAUGGUGUGCAUAGAUGAGGUGGCACAUGGUCAAGGCACCGGAGCCUUUCAAAAAUACAGUAAGCAUCUAAACUAUACAAUUGGACCAGGAUCUGAUGCUAAGCAACCGAAGGACCAAUCAGAAGACUCAAUAAAAGAAAAUUACUUAUGCACUGGCUUGGAUCUUUACUGCACUAGGGAGCCAUGUGUUAUGUGUGCCAUGGCAUUGGUCCAUUCCAGGAUUGGUCGUGUUUUCUACGGUGCGUCAGAUCCCUGUGGUGCUCUUGGAACGCAGUACAAGGUUCACACUAAAGAAGGACUCAACCACAAUUUUGAGGUUUUUAAAGGUGUUCUCGAAAGCGAAUGUAUAAGUCUUAAUAUGAAUUCAUGACAUUACUAAUGAAUUUUCACCACACAUUGUGUACUGUCCAAAUUUACUGUCCACUUUAGCUGCAAAAAAUGACGAUCUUUGGCUUGCAUUAGACCGUUGGUUCUUACUAGAGCGAUGUGAACCAAUUAGCGAAAAGGCAAGAAUUUUUUUGUAUCUUGUUUAGUGAACCCACCAACUGCAAAUAUUAAUUUAAAAUAGAAAUAAAAUUACGAAAAAGUGGAAAUUGCAGAAAAAAAAUAAAAGGUUUUCUUUAUUUUUUUGUG